AGUUUGAUGAAGAAAUGUUUAGCAAGAUAUAUGAAAAGAAUUCACUGCUCUCAUCAGACCUCUACCUCAUUAUGAAGCACCUAAACACAGUAGAACAGUUGAUAGUCUCACCCCUGACACAGUAUCAAGUUUUCAUGUUACAGGUACUUGCAGCCUCCCUCCUACACAGAGUUGCUUUUACAUUACAAAACAUGUACAGCAACACCACUGAAAACAAGCUGAUGUAUAUUGCUGACAGAAUGUCCUGUCAUAUGUUGAAAUUUUGGUGGGUUUCUGACAGGUUGUACAUUGCAAUGUAUUAUUACAAGACACUCAGAUACACAGAAGCUUUGUCUGUGGUAGAGAUGACAAAGGUCAACUUAGCACAGCCAUAUGUGAUGUAUGACGUGACAGUAGACACAGAGAGGUAUACUGAGGCUGUAGGAGGACAGUCCUGGUCUACAAAGUUAAGACAUGCUUUAGCAUGGGAUAUCAGAUUAUACAACAGAAUCAUUUAUAUCAAUGAAUUAAUGACAGAGCAGAGUGUUUCUCUACAGAACCAUUUCCCUGUAAUGUUUAUCCCACCCCUAGUUGUGUUACACAUGCUGGAGUUCUUGUGUUACAGACAUAUUGACACAAUGAGAGCACAAACAGCUCUUAAUGAUCUACAGGUGUUAGUUCACCAUGAUCAGGGGCUGUGUGUACCACAACUACUAAGAGACAUAUCAUGGCAGAUCCUGGGUAUCUAUCAACAGAUCUCGGGGGAACCUCCAGGCUGCUCGAUACUCCUACCAACAAUCACUCGGACAAUAUCCAUGGAAUAAAAUACGAAGUGCUACACAAAUGAGAAUACCAGAACUUGGACAAUUACUUUAACUACUGAAAGACUGUCAAUCAUCAGUAAAUCAGUCAAAUGUGUUAAUUAAGGAGAUUUCUGAUGUUAAUGUUGCUUGAUAUGGAAUACAUCUGUUAGAUUUAUGAAAAGUUUUUAUCUAUGCCCAGUCAGUUCAUCAGUACACAUGGAAACUAAAUACACUGGAUUUUUUAAUCAGAAUACAUUUGGUAGUACAGAUGUACUGUUAAAAACUCAUUUGUUAACAUGGCCACAUUUUUUGUGAAUUGAAGACUCCAAAAUGGAGAAAGUUUGACAUAGAUAUAAAAUCAAUUCAUCAAACCUUGUCAAUUUAAUUUUUUCGUGUAUUAGCUGACCUAAAAGUUCACAUUUACCAUAUAGUAUCUCACCAUGCUUAUCUUCCUAUAAUGUGUCGUGGAGCACAUGGACCCAAAAAUCAAACAUAAAAUUUCAUACAAACAAGAGGCGCAAAGGCCUUAUCGAUCACCUGAGUAUUUGUUUAAAAUAUCAUUAGCCCAAGGGCUAUGAAAUCUGAAAAAAAAUUCUG